AUGGUGAAUAGGGUCCUCGACAACAACCGACUGCAGACCCUCGAGCGCUUCACGGCGCCGUCGCUCCGUCGCCUGAGCGUGAGCGGCAACCCGUUCGCUGCACCGCCGCCGAUCGCGUCUAUCUUCCCCAACCUCACCGACGUGUCCCUCGCGCGACUCAACCUGACCGUGUACCCUAUUCUGGCCGUGCCAUUGACCGUCGCCACGCUGUCGCUCGCACACAACCAGCUGCGGGACAUGCCAGCCACGCUCCCGGCCUCGGUCCAGAGCCUCGACCUGCAACACAACCAGAUCUCGCGAGUGCAGCUGGCGCUCACGCCCAGCUCGCGGCUGCUCUGCCUCGGCGGCAACCCCAUCACGGCGCUGUACGCGACGCCGGCGCAGUUUGCGCUCCUCGAGAAGCUCUUGCAUCCGCGCAGCGUGGGCCCGACCAGCAGCGAGUGCUCGCCGUCGACGCCCUUCGUCUCGGUCACGACGACCUCGGACGCGUGCACGGGCCGGUUCCGCGUGAAGCGGGUCUGGGGCACGGUCCCGAUCUGCGUGGUCGACUCGUACGCUGCGAUCUAUCUGCCGCCGACCCCGCCCAUCUCGCAGGCCACGUGGCUCGCAGUGCUCUCUUCGUUUGGGUUUCUCUUGCUCGUCGUCGGCGGGAGCUUUGUGUGCUUUUACAAGAAGCGCGGCGCCGACGCGGACCAAGGGAAGCUGCGCAUGCUCCUCGACCUCGGCGAUGGCGGCCUUCUUCCGCCGAUCGAGACGGUCGUCAACGACGUGCGCCGGGACCCGAUCUACGCGCCGUUCUGGAUCCCGCCGGACGAGCUCACGCCGACGCGGGUGCUCGCGCGCGGCGGCUUUGGGGUCGUCUUUGCCGCAACCUUCCAAGGACACGAGGACGUCGCGAUGAAGCGCUUGCUGUCGACGCGCCUCGAUGACGCUGCGUGCGUCGCCGACUUUAUGGACGAGAUCCGCCUCUGCGCGCGGCUCUUCCACCCCAACAUUGUGCGCUUCGUCGGGUUCACGUCGACGACGCUCGCCAACCUCUCGAUCGUCACCGAGUACAUGGCGCGCGGCGACCUCUGGCACUUUCUGCUCGAGAACGACGUGCCGUGGCACACGACCGAGAAGCCGCUCAAGCGCCGGCACCCGAGUGCGCUCAGCAGCUCUCGGAGCACGCUCGUCUCGGACGACGGCAGUCUCCGCGACGAGGCGACGACGUCCAAGUUCUCCUUCUUGGUCGACGUUGUCUCGGGACUGCACUACCUCCACACGCUCGACCCGCCCGUGCUGCACCGCGACGUGAAGGCCCGCAACGUGCUCUUGAGCAGCGACUACAUCGCCAAGCUCACCGACUUUGGCGUCGCGCGCGAGGCGAGCGACGUGACGAUGACGGCGGACGUCGGCACGAUCGCGUGGAUCGCGCCCGAAGUGCUCAAGGGCUGCUUCUACGACGCCAAGGCCGACGUCUACUCGCUCGGCGUGCUCAUGGCCGAGAUGGACACGCGCGAGCCGCCGUACGCCCACCUCGACGGCGACGUCUCGGCGCUGCGGACGCGCAUCGCGCUCCUCGUCGCGGCCAACGAGCUCCAGCCGACCUUUUCCCGCAGCAUGCCCCUCGCCUUGCGCGACCUGGCGCACCAAUGCCUCACGCACGACCCACAUCACCGGCCGUCGAUCCAAGACGUCGACGCGGCCAUCCGCGUGCUCCUCCUCUAG